AUGUCUCGAUACCUCAUUCUCGGCACUGCCCUUCUGGCCUCCAACGUCGCCGCCCACGGCUACCUAAACACCUUCACCCUCGACGGCACCGACUACCAGGGUUUCAGCCGCUGGAACCCUUCCCCCGACCCCAACGCUAUCGGAUGGAGCUUCUCUACUGAAGAUGAAGGUCCCGAGAUGGACCUCUCCAGCCCCAAUUUCGUCUGUCGAAGCGACGCCAAGGCCUCCAAGAACUACGGCAAGAUCGCUGCUGGUGGAUCUGCAUCCUUCUUCUGGACAUCUGAUGACAAGGAGAUCAACCCCAACGGCUGGGCCGAGUCCCACCGUGGUCCUGUCAUCACCUACAUCGCGCCUUGCAACGGCGACUGCGCCUCUGUAGAUAAGACGCAGCUCAAGUGGACCAAGAUUGCUGAGGAGGGUCUUGUUUCUGGACCUGCCAACACUGAGGGUGUCUGGGCCACCGAUAAGCUUCGAGAGAACGGCGGUGUCAGCUCUGCAACAAUUCCCGCUUCCAUUGCCCCUGGCAAGUACGUUAUUCGUAACGAACUCAUCGCCCUUCACCGCGCUCAUCUCUCCGAGCCUGAGUUCUACAUGCAGUGCGGUAACAUCGAGGUUACUGGCUCUGGUGAUGAUGACCUGUCGAGCUCUGGUGUUAUUGCUUCGAAGCUAUACAGCACUUCUGAUGAGCAGUUGUUUGGAUUCUCUGUUUACGACAAUCAGGGCGACAGCUGGCAGAUUCCUGGUCCUGCCAUGUAUGGAAGUGGUCAAGCUAAGCGAUCCAAGGUCGCCAUCAAGUUCCGUGGUUAA